GAUGGGUUUGGCGGGCUCGGUAUGGAGUUCUGGGUUCAGCCGCCACUGACACCGCAGUUGUCACGUGGUAUCCAUCGCUUGGUCCUUCUGUCCACUCGGCCACUUUGUGCACCACGAAUGGCCGUCGCCCCAUGGACAGACCUCCCUGCCCUGUUUUAUGAUAAAGAAAUCAACACUCCGCAUGUGUUUCACUCUUCGGACAAAGCCCCUUAUCCUAACGAAGGAACAAAAGAUCAUCCACUUCUCCCGUUUAUCCAAACCAGACAUUCGUCGUCUACGGGAACAUUUCGAGGAUCCAGAACGGGUCCUCCUCCGGGGAUUUCCAGCACUUCAGAUACUGCAGUGGAACAAGGAGUAGAGGUUUCUGAAGAAAUGUUAGCAAACAGCCAGCCCGGAUACAACCGGUCCCCGUCACCCCAUAUGACAAACGGGCCGAUCCACGUUUCAUGUUAUUCUGCGCCCCCUGAUGCAAAUCGCCGAUACCCACAAUUACAGUCGACAUCGUCUCCACACGAGGUCUCCGUGGACACGGUGGUUUGUGUCCCUACGCUUUCAGAAUCUGGUGCUAAUGAGCAACUCAGUACUUCAGAAUUGGACACUUCUUAUUCUUUGGUCACCGCUGCACCCAACCGCUCGGCUUGUGUGAGCGAACAUCAGGCAUCGUACGGGGACAAUACCACACAUCUCCCGUCCCUUAGUCUCAUCCAUUCCGAGGUUCAUGAUGGCGAAGAGACACAUGGGAAAGAGCUUACAAAAUCCACUUCGGAAGACGAAAGGGUUCCACUUGAGCCAGUCCACACCAUAGAACACUCCGACAAUAUUGCUUUCAACUCUAAGGAAACCUCAUCAGCCGACAGUGUUCCGGCUUCUGUGAGGUCUCCUGAACUCAAUCGCGCAUCUCCGUUACCGGCUUCUCGUGAGUCGCAGGAGAACGAACAGUUCACUGGCCCUUUGACAGCAGAUGUGUGGCACACUUUCAUGUGCCCUACAAAUUCAACCAACACCGGAGAUCUACUCACCACAUCUGAUUACCUGUUAGGCACUAAGGACGCGGUGUUCAUUCCAUUUGUCGACAUCGCCGGACGCGCUGUUAUUGCAAUUUCCCGACUCGGCAAGCCCGGCUUGGAUUGGAUCUUCGCUCCCAAGUCGUUCGGGAUCGUGUGUUCCAUGCACGUGUCCCCUGAUGCCAAGCUUGUCUGGUGCCUGCGGAAUUCCCCUAAGGAUGGUUUUGCUGGCUACACCGCGAAUGUCUGUUUGGAGCCCAAAGGUGUUGCCGGAUUGUGUGCAGCUUGGACAAGUGGGCAGUCAGGUCAUUGGGAAACGAACGUGUUACUGCGCGUGACAAGUCUUGACUUAAAGAAUACCCACGUGAUAUUCACCACAUGCUCUGGUCAAUUGAAGAUGCAGUUCAAUUUGUCGGCCAAACGACCAUGUUGUCAGUCAUACACUUGGCCAUGUCCGAAUUAUCAUCUGUUGCAAGCCGCUGCUUCGGAUUCCGGUCUUGUUUGGGCUCUAGCUGUGACGCGGCACAGUUCCGAGAAAACCACAGAAAUGAACUGGUCCAUGGAAGAAUUGUGUUUGCUAUCCGCUUCGGUGCCAGACACCGAUGGAACUGAUUGCACCAAUCGUCCAGUCAAAGACUCUCUACGUGCAUCACGUUGGCUCCCGAUACAAAUGCCCCCGUUGCUUCAAUCCAGCGCUCGUCACUUGGUGCACCGAGCCACUUCCUUGGACAAUCUGAUACAAACCGUGAACUCGGUCUUUCAAAUUUCUUUCUCUACUCAACGUUGCCCCAACGCCACUCCGAAGCAAAAGCUACUCUCCACUGGAUGGUUGUUUGUACGGCCACCGGCUUUUGAAUCGAUCACUGAUUCAUCUAUAGUGGCGGAUGGAACGCUGGAGACCGCAAUGUUGUUGUAUGGUUGUGGAUUUUUUCUACCCAACUUGUGCCCACUUUACAAACCGAACGAUUCUAAUUGGCAUCAGAUUCCCAUCAGCGGUCUCAUGGAUGAACUGCUUUUGGAUUGCGAACCAAAAAAUCUCAUUAAGCGGUUCUCGCGCUUUUCAACAACUCCCGGUACGACGUUACUCAGGAUUGCCUCAUCUUCCAUACGUGAACCGGAGUUCGAAGUACCUCUGUCGCCCGAUCAUGAACCCCCGGAUGUGGUUCGGUGCCCAAAGUCCAUGUGGUUGAUCGUGCACCAUCCAAUAAAGUGUAACACUUUACUUGCUCGCGCUCAAUCCGCACUCUCUGCUUUCCGGUGGUUGAAGUACCGCGUGCAGGUACAACUCAUACGAUCUGGUUCUCCGCUACCCGAUGAUAUUGUCCAGUGUCAUCAUAUUUGGCGCUUUCCACUACUCAUAAACACUUCGUUAGCUGAGGUGAGCGGAAGCCAUCCGAGCCAGCCAAGUUCCUUGUGGACUUUAAAUACAGUGUCCAAUGAGCUGUUUUGCCACAUUGGCUCCUCCUAUUCGCGGUCGCUAGCUCUUCCUUUUGCCACGACCGCGCAGACAGAGGUUACUGCUCUCUGCUCGGUGACGGACACUCGGCCAGGAUUGUAUCAUCUGGUCAUUGCUACUCGUGAUGGCCAACUCUUCUCACGCGUAGGCCUAUCCAACAUGUCACCCACCGGAACUUCGUGGUCAGCAGAAGCUCCUCCAGCACAAUGGGCUGAUUCGGCUGAACUGAUGAAGGGUCAUUGUAACACAAACAGUGGCAACGUGUUCUUCACCUCUCUCGUCGCAUUCGCUCAACAACUAUGGGCCACCGAUAGCCUCGGUCGCCUAUAUUCCACAUCCAUUCGUCUAGCACACAAACGGGGAUCAGAGGCCACAAUGCUGUUACAUCCGCGCUGGACGUUGCAUUCAUCAACUACUCCGGACGACCCCCAUCCAUCCGUUUCGGAGAUAUUCUUUUUGUCCAUCGGAGGCGCUGAUUGGCGAUCACACGGUUUGGGUCUCAGUCGCUGGGCUGUGGGCCUGCCCAUGAAUGAAGCCAUCAAAAACAAGGCAAGUUCCCGUCUUACUCAGUCUACGUCCGGACCGUCAUUGUGGGAACCCCUACCCGGUUUCGUGUAUGCCAGGUGUUGGGCCUCACACAGCGACACUCAUUCGUGGCUACGCGUCGCGGCACCGUUGACAGUAAGUAUUCAUGUACUCGAUGACAACAUUUGGCUUUUGUCCUCCUCCAACCCGCGACAAAUCCUCCUUCGCCGAGGAUUGUUAUCCAAUUAUCAUCUGGACCCGUCCGCCAACCUCCCAGCCCCUUCUGACACUCAAAUUGGCACUGGAUGGUUGGUUGUUCCUCAACCGGAUCCGCUGUCGUUCAGUUUUAAUUUGGAUAGUUUUUCAGUCUGUACAACUGUCGACGCUCGCUCCCAGCGGCACACGACGCGAGCGGUGGUCAUUACGAAAACGGGGGAACUACUAUCCCUUGUACUCAGUAGUUCAAUCGCGUUUGGAGACGAUUUUGCCUAGUCUUUCCUGGCUUGAGAAGUCGGUUGUUAGCGUGUUAUCAAUCACUCCCCAGUUAUAUGUAUUCGAAUGUAUCUUUGAAACCGGUUACUCCGACUCGAGAUGAACCUAAUUGUCACGCACGCUAUCUCACUGUUUUAUGAUUUAUCCUUCCUCUCCUUCCCUUUUGCUCCGCUUAUGCAUCCCCUCUUUAUGUCAGGCGUGUUUUGGCAUCUCUUCCGCCAUCGUUUUUUAUUUGCUUCCUCUGGCCAUCGUUUUCAUCGCUGUGUAUUUGAGAAUCUCUUGUCUUUUCUACUAUUGAUAUGUGAAUUCCUUUUUUAAUAGAUUUGCUAUCAAUUUCACUCCGCUCGCGUCCUUGCACUUGUUGUUGAUGAUGCUGUCAUAUCUGUAGAAAAUGACAUGCUUCU